GUGAUCCCGGGCAAAUGGGUGACCGCGGACCCUCCGGACCCCCCAAGAAGGUGAACUCUGGCUUCAUGUUGGUGAUGCACAGCCAAUCAAAGCUGAUCCCCACCUGUCCAAUCAACAUGAGGGUCCUGUGGGUGGGAUACAGCCUGCUGUACCUGGAGGGGCAGGAGAAGGCGCACACUCAGGACCUGGGUCAGGCGGGCUCUUGCAUGAGGGUCUUCUCCACGAUGCCCUUCUCCUCCUGUAACAUGGGCACCUGCUCCUACGCCAGUCGAAACGACAAAUCCUAUUGGCUGUCGACCACGGCGGCGGUGCCCAGCUUCCCAGUGGGCGGAGCCUCCAUCGAGGAGCACAUCAGUCGGUGUGUUGUGUGUGAAGCCGCCUCGUCUCCAGUGGCUCUGCACAGCCAGAGCUCCUCCCAGCCCGAAUGCCCCCCGCGGUGGAGGAGCCUGUGGAGCGGUUACUCCUUCCUAAUGCAUACGGGAGCAGGGGAUGAGGGCGGCGGCCAGUCUCUCACGUCUUCAGGAAGCUGUCUGAAGGACUUCAGAGCCCAACCCUUCGUGGAGUGCCAGGGGCCCCGAGGAACCUGCCACUACUUCGCCAACAUCUACAGUUUCUGGCUGACCCGCGUGGAGGCCUCCGUAAGCUCCGCCUCCUCCGACAGCGCCUCCUCCACGCUGAAGGAGAGCUGGCAGCAGAGGGAGAGCAUCGGGAGGUGCAACGUCUGCAUGAGGGAGUGA